GCCUACUGGGUAUUUUUCGUGGCGUGUUCGGCUAGACACAGCUCUUUACCCCCUCGAGUCAAAGUGGUAUGCCAUCCUAGGCCGUCUCUUUGUAUUCACUCAUCUUAAAGUAGGUGCAUUCAAGUGCUUAUUCAUUUUUCAGCAAGUGAAGAAAUAAGCGAAAACAUCUUAGCUUUGCUCGGAGAUGCACCAGAAGAGGUUACAUUUGGCCCAAACCUUCUUGGCCAGGUUGCUUCUCGUUGGCAAGAUAUAAUUAAGAAAGGUAUGAACAAAGAUGACAGAGACAAGAUUGUGAAAAAAUAUCCUGCUCCGGAAAACUGUAAAAUUAUUGGAGCUCCGAGAAUGAAUUUAGAGGCUCAAGUCGCAGCGGGCGAGACUCUUGUUCAUAGGGACAAGGCAAUUGAAAUGAAGCAAAAUGAAGUUUCCUGUGCUCUGUCCGCGAUUGGUCUAGCACUUAACAAGUUGUGCCUUGUUGCUGGAAAUGAGGAGGUAAUUACCCUCCUGAGCGACUCUGCCCGUCUUCUGUGUGAUUACCAACACAGGGAAUCCCAGCUGAGAAAGAUGUUUAUAAUAUCUGGUAUUGAAAACAAAAUGGCACGUGAGACUUUAAGAGAUUGUGAGGUAGACCAAUGGCUUUUUGGAGAAAAUUUAGCUGAAAAAUUAAAGGCUUCAAAAGCUAUUGAACUAUCUAGCAAAGACCUGAAAAACACAAAAAGACCCAAGAAGAUACAUCCGAGUCAUUUAAACUUCAAGGGCCCAACCAACAACACACACAAACCCAGAGCCCGAGGUCAUCAGAAGCAAUACCACAGGAAACCGAGCAACACUUCUUCUGCCAAGCAACACCACCAUCAGCAGAAGCGUCGCACUCAGCGACACUACCACAGCCGCCAUUAAGCGAUCAGCAACCAGCGGUUUCAACGGCGUCUUAUCCUGGUUGCCGCGGUGCUAUCCGGGAAGCGUUAUCAAUGAGAGGAGUGUCAUCUGGUGCGGCCAAAAUUAUGUUGGAAUCUCUCGCGCCAAACACCGUCAAACAGUAUGAUACGUACUUGAAACGCUGGUAUAUGUUUUGUGGAAGAAAUCAGAUUGAUUAUUUUAAGGCAUCCAUCCCAGAAGUGCUUGCUUUUUUAACAGAAUUGUGCAGUGAAGGAGCUGGGUAUGGAAGUGUCAAUUGUUGUAAAUCAGCUCUGAUGCUUUUACUGGGAAAUAAGAUCUCGUCAGAUGAUAGCGUGAAACGGUUUAUGAAGGGCGUUUUUCGAUUACACCCACCACAACCUAAAUAUAGUGUAACCUGGGACCCUCAAUUGGUUUUAAAUCAUUUGUCAAAAAUGUCACCUAAUAAAAAUCUUUCAUUAGAAAAUUUAAGUAAAAAAUUAGUAACUCUUUUAGCUAUUGUUACUGCACACCGAGUGCAAACCAUAUCCUUGAUAAAAUUAUCAAACAUUCAUCAUUAUUCUGAUAAAGUUCUUAUAAAAAUUUCAGACUUGAUCAAAACUUCCAGAGCAGGUUCUUAUCAACCUGUGCUGUCAUUACCAUUUUUCAAGGAAAAACCUGAUAUUUGGCCAGGCCAAACAUUGUUAGAUUAUAUAAACAUGACGAAGGAUAUUCGUGGUGGUUGUGAGCGAUUAUUUAUUGCCUUCAAAAAACCCCAUAAAGAGAUCACUUCCCAAACAAUCAGUAGAUGGAUUAAGACCACUUUAAAAGAUAGUGGUAUUGAUACCUCCAUUUUUACCUCCCAUUCAACUCGCCAUGCAUCGGUGUCAGCCGCCAACCGCUUAGGAGUGAAUAUUGAUGUAAUCAGAAAAACAGCAGGUUGGAGUGGCACUUCAAAAGUUUUCGCCGAAUUUUAUAAUAGGCCCUUAGUGCCAACUGAUGAUUUUGCAAGAUCAUUAGUAUCUAAUUAAUUAA